AUGGCGCAAGCAACAUCACCCACUGCAGGCCAGAAGCGCGGUCCUGGACGACCAACGAAGGCUGCGCAGCCAGCGCUCAAGAAGGCCAGGACAUCUACACCUCUGUCGUCUACCGUGCAGUCGCCGACAGCAGAAUCACCAACAUCCGACAAGCGCUCCAACAAGUUGCCGUCCAAGAUAUCCGAGACGCGCCCCCUCCCAACCCUCCCCGAAGCGCAACCGCCCAACCUCUCCACCACCGACUACCAGAGCAUUGCAUCCUCCGCCGUCCUCGAGACCUCCCUCCACCGCUCCCGCCUGAAAUGGAUCAACGAAGGCAUCUUCGAGCGCUACUGGGUCAAGCCGGAGUCAGGAAAGCAUGCGCGGCCUCCACCACCCAACAAUCCCGAGCUCAAGUGGCAGAAGCACAAAGGUCCGUGUAGGAUACGUAUCGAGCCGCACAUCUUCGAGGUCGAGAUUUACGUGGAAGAGAAGCCGAAGCCGGCGCCUGUGAAGCAGUAUGCGCCGCCGCAGACGAGUGCGUAUGGGCAGCCCUACAGACCGACGCCGCAGCAGACGUAUGGAGGGCAGCAGAACCAGUACUAUCAGAAUCGGCCGCUGCCACCUGUACAGCAGACGAUGGCGCAGGGAGCUGUUACUACUAACGCGACGUCUCCAGCUCCAAGUAUGACAAACAGUCCACAGCCUCAAGCCGUAGCGAGAACACAGCAGACCCCGGCAUCCGCGUCACCACAACCCGGACAAGGUGACAAAAAGACCUCGGACCCCGUCAUUGGCAUGCUAGCGACUCGAGCCUCCACCGAUCCGGAACUGAAAGCGCUAAUGAAAGAAGUAGCAACCGGGCAAGCUACCCAAGCACAGCUCGAGGUCUUCCAGAAACACAUCAACGACUUGAACAAAAGCAUCGCGGACAAGAAGAAGAAGGACGAAGAGGCUGAAGCUGCGGCGCAGGCGGCUAAAGAGCGCGAGGCACAGAACGAGAUGAUCCAGUACGACGGCUCGAACGAUCGGCCACCGCAGCCCCAACAACCGCCUGUCCAGCAACCCUUCCAGCCCUACCAACAACCAACCUACGCAACCCCACCCCGCCCCGAACCCACCACCCAACCCGUCAUCCUCGCCUUCACCACCCCCGGCGCAACGGAAGACCGCUUCCUCUUCCCCCAACACGCGAUCCUCGAGUCCCUCUCCCCGCAACACCUCCUCGCCAGCUUCAUCGUCACUCGCAAAGGCUCCGCCGCCGCCGACGCCGCGCUCUUCGAGCCCGGGGUGGAGUACUGGCAGCCCGUCACGCUGAUGGUGGAGGUGGCGUAUAACCGCGAACACCUGAUCGAGUGCGUGAAGAAGUGGGUGAAGCCGAAGGAGGAGGUGAGGCGGUGGAUGGAGGGGGUAAUGGGACGGUGUAGGCGGGUACCGGAGGGGUGGUUGGCGCUGCGGUUGCCGGUUAAGGGGGGCAAGGAGGAGGCGGUUGGGGAGGAAGUGGAGGAGGUUGUGCCGUCGGUGGUGGAGAAGAGGAAGGGGAUGAAUGUUAAGUUUGUCAAAAAGGCGCCGGUGAAGAAGGAUGAGAUCGCUAAAGGGAAAGGCGAGGGUGCUAGUGGGGGGGCUGUUAAGGAUGCUGCGCCGCCAGUGGAGGGGAAGGGGAAGGAUGGUGCGGGUGUAAAGGAGGGUGAAGACGGCAAGGCGGAUGUGCAGGAGACUACGGAGAGUGGGCGGCCGAGGAGGGCUGUGAGGAAGAGUGUUAGGAUUAGUGAGGGAUAG